AUGUCAUUGAUUUCGUCUGUCUUAUCGACUUUGUUGCGACUGAAACCAUUAGCUCCACCAACGUUGAUUCAGUGUCAAUCUGGAACGUUUCUGCCAUUAACAGGACGAUUAGAUGCCUUUAAAUAUGAUACAGUUGACUGGAUGAUUAGUGAACUCGGUUGUAUAUCAAUUUGUCUACGACAAAGUUCGCCAUCAUGCAAUGCUGUGUGUUACGAAAAUUUUCGUCAAGAAUGUCGAAUGAUCAGACAAAGCAUCCCAUCGAAUCCUUAUCUUAAUCAAUCAUUGCACAAUUGGAGAACAUAUAUUCGAAUAGAAGACUCAUAG